AUGGCUGCCGAAGGAGGGGGAGCCAAGCCCGGCACCCAGUCCAGGAUGGAGAACUUCCGAAAGGUGAGGACCUCGGAGGAGGAGAGCCCCUUGCCCUUCCCCGACCUGCCCCCAGACGUGGUGGAGAUGAAAGUGAAGGAGGGCAGCAAGAUCAGGAACCUGAUGAACUUCGCCAUGGCCCAGAUGGAGCUGAAGGGCAGCCGGCAGAUCGUCUUCAGCGGUUGCGGCAGGGCGGUCACCAAGACCAUCACCUGCGUGGAGAUCAUGAAGAGGAAGCUGGGAGGUCUUCAUCAGGUCACCAAGGUGCGCUACAAAACCUUGCUGGAGGUCUGGGAGAACCAGGACCCGCUGCCCGGCAGCCCGGCGCAGAACCUGACCGUUCACAAGAACGUCCCCUCCAUCUGCAUCCUCCUCUCCCGAGACCCCCUGGAUCCCAACCAGACGGGCUACCAGCCCCCGGAGCCCCGGCACGGGCCGGGGACGCAGCUCGGCGAGGUCUUGCGCUACGAACGCCCCCGCUUAACGCUUCUGACCCAGUUCGCCUUUGCUGGCGGCCUCGGGGGGGGUUUUGCGUUGCGGCAGACCUGCCGCGCCGGGUUCAUCUCGCGAGCCCGUGCUGCGCUGUUCUCGCUGUGGCUUUGA